GGGCUUUCGUUUUGCGACAGCUUCAUCUGGGUCUUCGCUUUUGACGAGCACAGCAACGUGACGCAAGUGCCGUGAAAACAGAAACGACAAAACACCAGCGACGAGACAUAUAAUUUCUAGCACGAGCACAAGGCGCGAGCAACUCCCAAAGAUGUCGUCUGCGGUGAAGCGGCGCAAGAUCGGGCACAAGGAGUCCGCUCCUGCGAUCAAACACAAGGAGGCAAAGCCGGCUGCGGUCAAGAAGCAGAGAGAAACAUCGCCCGAGGUUUCCGAGAGCUCUUCAGAGGAGGAGGAGGAGGAAAAGAAGGAAGAGGAGGAGUCGGCGACCCUGGAGGAAUCCGGCGAGGACGAUACGACCCCAAAGACAUUCAAGGAGCUGGGAAUCAACGAUGCUCUUUGCGAUGCCUGCGAAUCCCUUGGCUACAAAAGCCCGACACCCAUCCAAGCCAAGUCCAUCCCCGUGGCCCUCCAAGACCGCGACGUGAUCGGUCUUGCCGAGACCGGCUCCGGAAAAACGGCCGCCUUCGCCCUCCCGAUUCUGCAAGCGCUUUUGGAUAAGCCGCAGCCUUUAUUCGCUCUCGUACUCGCUCCGACAAGAGAACUUGCUCAUCAGAUCUCGCAACAGUUUGAGGCUCUUGGAUCUUUGAUCGCAGUACGAUCGGCUGUCAUUGUUGGCGGCCUCGACAUGGUCCCGCAGUCCAUCGCCUUGGCUAAGAAGCCGCAUAUUGUGGUCGCCACUCCCGGUCGUCUGCUGGAUCACCUGGAGAAGACCAAGGGCUUCUCGCUCAGGAAUCUGAAGUAUCUGGUCAUGGACGAAGCCGACAGGUUGUUGGACAUGGACUUUGGGCCUAUCCUCGACAAGAUCCUCAAAUUUGUGCCUCGGGAGCGGCGGACGUUCCUCUUCAGUGCCACGAUGUCGUCCAAGGUCGAGAGUCUGCAGCGGGCGAGUUUGCGCGACCCGGUCCGCGUGUCCAUCACAACCAACAAGUACCAGGUGGUCUCCACGCUCAUCCAGAAGUACCUGUUCAUCCCGCACGCCCACAAGGAUCUGUACUUGAUCUUCCUGGUCAACGAGUUUGCCGGCCAGUCCGCCAUCAUCUUCACAAGGACAGUCUACGAGACACAGAGAGUGUCCAUUUUACUGCGUGCUCUCGGCUUCGGCGCCAUUCCAUUGCACGGACAACUCUCGCAGUCCGCCCGUCUAGGCGCUCUGAGCAAGUUCAAGGCAGGCUCUCGCGACAUUCUUGUAGCCACCGACGUGGCAGCCCGUGGUCUCGACAUCCCCAGCGUGGACGUCGUCAUCAACUACGACCUGCCCCAGGAUUCCAAGACGUACAUCCACCGCGUGGGAAGAACCGCCCGUGCAGGCAAGUCGGGCAACGCUCUAAGCAUAGUCACCCAGUACGAUCUCGAGAUAUGGCUGCGCAUUGAGGCCGCGCUGGGCACGAAACUGACCGAGUUCGAGUCGGACAAGGAGGAGGUCAUGGUGUUCAAGGCGCGCGUCGAGCAGGCGCAGAGGCAGGCCCGCACGGAGAUGAAGAACUUGCAGGAGGACCGGGGCAACAAGGGCUCGGUGCUCAAGGGCCGUCGCGGGGGUGGUGCUGGUGGCCGGGGUGGCCGAGGAGGCGGUGCUGGUGGCAAGCGGAGUCGCGACCACAUGGACAACGAGGAAGGUUAGAAGGAAAUGUGUUGGCGGGGGGCGGUGGUGGUGAGUUGUGUGAAUUAAGUACAUAGCCAGUCGGACGAACUUGUGCCAUAAACAAUGUUAUACCUUAAGACAGGACACGCCCG